AAAAAUAAAAUAAUUUCCAAACGUUUUUUACUCUCUCUCUAUAAAACCGAAUCAUUUUCCCCAAUCUCUCUCUAUUCUUCGCACCCUAGGAACCUUUUCUCCCCAUUUUCGUUUCUAGGUCAUUUCUUCAAUUUCUUCUCUCAAACCUUCAACAUGCGUCAAAUCCUCCACAUCCAGGGUGGUCAAUGCGGCAACCAAAUCGGUGCCAAAUUCUGGGAAGUCGUUUGCGCCGAACACGGAAUCGAUCCAACCGGACGCUACACCGGCGACUCAGAUCUUCAACUAGAGAGGAUCGAUGUUUACUACAACGAAGCAAGUGGUGGCCGCUUCGUUCCCAGAGCGGUUCUCAUGGAUCUUGAACCGGGAACCAUGGACAGUAUCCGGUCUGGACCGUACGGUCAGAUCUUUAGACCGGAUAACUUUGUGUUUGGUCAGAGUGGUGCUGGGAAUAACUGGGCUAAAGGUCACUAUACUGAAGGCGCGGAACUUAUUGAUUCUGUUCUUGACGUUGUUCGUAAGGAAGCUGAAAACUGUGAUUGCUUGCAGGGUUUUCAAGUGUGUCAUUCACUUGGUGGAGGAACUGGAUCUGGAAUGGGAACCCUUCUGAUUUCAAAGAUUAGGGAGGAAUACCCUGACAGGAUGAUGCUUACUUUCUCUGUUUUCCCUUCUCCUAAAGUUUCUGACACUGUGGUGGAACCCUACAAUGCUACUCUAUCUGUUCAUCAGCUUGUUGAAAAUGCAGAUGAGGUUAUGGUUCUUGACAAUGAAGCCUUGUAUGACAUUUGCUUCCGUAUUCUGAAGCUUAGUAACCCAAGCUUUGGUGAUCUGAAUCAUUUGAUAUCAGCAACUAUGUCUGGUGUAACAUGUUGUUUGAGGUUCCCUGGUCAGUUGAACUCUGAUCUCAGGAAGCUUGCUGUGAAUCUCAUUCCAUUCCCUCGUCUUCACUUUUUCAUGGUGGGGUUUGCACCUCUGACCUCUCGCGGCUCCCAGCAGUACAGGACUCUCAGUGUCCCUGAGCUCACUCAACAAAUGUGGGAUGCCAAGAACAUGAUGUGUGCUGCUGAUCCUAGGCAUGGACGUUACCUCACCGCAUCUGCUAUGUUUAGAGGCAAGAUGAGUACCAAGGAGGUUGAUGAACAAAUGAUGAAUGUUCAGAACAAGAACUCGUCAUACUUUGUGGAAUGGAUUCCAAACAAUGUCAAAUCCACUGUGUGUGAUAUUCCCCCAACUGGUUUGAAGAUGGCUUCAACAUUUAUUGGAAACUCGACCUCAAUUCAAGAAAUGUUCCGCAGGGUGAGUGAACAGUUUACUGCUAUGUUCAGGAGGAAGGCUUUCUUGCAUUGGUACACAGGUGAAGGAAUGGAUGAGAUGGAAUUCACUGAGGCUGAGAGCAACAUGAAUGAUUUGGUUGCAGAGUAUCAACAGUAUCAAGAUGCGACUGCUGAUGAGGAUGAGUAUGGAGAGGAGGAAGGCGAUGAGGAAGAGUAUGGUCAACAUGACAUUUGAUUUUGAAUGAAAGUUUGAAUAUUAUAAUCUGCUGCAACUUCAUGUUGCUUUUUCAAACUAAGACUAGUUUUCUUAUGUUUCACUUACUAUGGCUGUAAAAUUGGUUUUGGUUUAUUUGCUUUUAUGUGUGACCAAUUGGUAGUUGAGUAAGACAGCUUAAACAAUUCCUUCAAGUAUCACUUUGUUGUUAGAAUUAAACAUCAAUAUUUGAUUCAAAAUGAUUGCCAUCAUUGAAUUCUAUGAAAUUUGGAUAUGCUAGAUUUAUUUUUCA